AUGUUCUCUUGCGCCAACUACGAGCGGGGCUGCCGUGGCCGCUGCAACUCUCCCAACGGCCGCUGCUCCUCGUGCAUCACCCUCAACCUCCAGGCCCCGGUGCGCUCGCCCAGUGCCUCCUCGGUCUCGUCAACCGGCUCCUCCUACUCGGCCAUGACGGCCUCUUUCGCCUCUCUCGCCGCCUCCACUGCUAAGGGCAGAUGA